CCCUUGGCUCCUCCUCUCCCGCAGCCCUCCCCUUUCCCCCUGGGUUUCCGACCCUUUCCCGGCUUUUCCUCCGUAAAAAUCCAACGAAACUCCUGGAAUUCCCAUUCCCAGCCCGGCCCAGGAUGGCAGGAAAGUGCGGAGCGUGCGGGCCGGGCUAUGCCAGCCCUCUGGAGGCCAUGAAAGGGCCGCGGGAGCAGCUGCUGUACCUGCCCUGCAUCUACCGGAACACCGGGAUCGGCAUUCCCGACUUCCUGGCCACCGUGGAUGUGGAUCCCAAAUCCCCUCGGUACUGCCAGGUGAUCCACCGGCUGCCCAUGCCGCACGUGGGGGACGAGCUGCACCACUCGGGCUGGAACGCCUGCAGCAGCUGCCACGGGGACCCCGGCAAGUCCCGGCGAUUCCUGAUCCUGCCCAGCCUCGUCUCCUCCCGCAUCUACGUCGUGGACGUGGCAACCGAUCCCAGGGCUCCCAGGCUCCACAAGGUGGUGGAAGCCGAGGAGCUGGCCCGGAAGGCGAACGCCGCGUUCCCGCACACUUCCCACUGCCUGGGCUCCGGGGAAAUCCUCAUCAGCUGCCUGGGGGAUCCUGAUGGCAACGGGAAAGGCACUUUUGUCCUCCUGGAUGGAGAAACCUUUGAAGUGAAAGGAAAUUGGGAGAAAGGAGGAAAAAUCCCAAAUCUGGGCUACGACUUCUGGUACCAGCCCCGGCACAACGUCCUGCUCAGCACCGAGUGGGGCGUCCCCAGAGUCCUGGCCCAGGGAUUCGAUCCCAAGGAUGUGGAAAAAGGGCACUACGGGCGGCACAUCAACGUGUGGGACUGGAGGGAGCGGCGCCUGGCGCAGCAGCUGGACCUGGGCGCGGGCUGCAUCCCGCUGGAAAUCCGAUUCCUGCACGAUCCCAGCGCUGCCCAGGGCUUCGUGGGCUGUGCCCUGAGCGGGGACAUCCGGAGGUUCUACAGGAGCCCCGAAGGAAAAUGGGAAGCGGAGAAGGUGAUUGAGGUGCCCAGCAAGAAAGUCCAAGGAUGGCUCCUCCCGGAGAUGCCAGGGCUGAUCACGGAUAUCCUGAUUUCCCUGGACGACAGAUUCCUGUACUUCAGCAACUGGCUGCACGGGGACGUGCGGCAGUACGACAUCUCCGAUCCCAAAAACCCAAAACUGGUGGGGCAGGUUUUUCUGGGAGGCAGCAUCUCCAAAGGGGGAGCUGUGACCGUGGUGGAGGAUCGGGAAUUGCGGGAUCAGCCGGAGCCAUGCGUGAUCCAGGGGAAGCGGAUCCCGGGGGGGCCGCAGAUGCUGCAGCUCAGCCUGGACGGGCGCCGGCUCUACGUGACCACGUCGCUGUUCAGCGCCUGGGACCGGCAGUUCUACCCCAGCCUGCUCACGGAGGGCUCGGUGCUGCUGCAGCUGGACGUGGACACGGCGCGGGGCGGCCUGGCCGUCAAUGCCCAGUUCCUGCUGGAUUUCGGGAAGGAGCCGGGCGGGCCCUGCCUGGCGCACGAGGUGCGCUACCCGGGGGGGGACUGCACCUCCGACAUCUGGCUGUGAUCCUGCUGGAAUUCCGGGGAAAUCCAGGGUAUUUGGGAAUGUUUGGGAAUGUGGGACUGCACCUCCGACAUCUGGCUGUGAUCCUGCUGGAAUUCCGGGGUAUUCGGGGGAUUCGGGAAUGUUUGGGAAUGUUUGGGAAUGUGGGACUGCACCUCCGACAUCUGGCUCUGAUCCUGCUGGAAUUCCGGGAUAUUCGGGAAUGUUUGGGAAUGUUCGGGAAUGUUUGGGAAUGUGGGACUGCACCUCUGACAUCUGGCUGUGAUCCUGCUGGAAUU